UUCUGCCAAUUUGUGGUAACUUUUGUUAUGGGAGGGAAUUGGACAAAAUCUGAGACGUGCGCAUUGAUGUGAUUCUCUAAACAGCUAUUCUUGGUGCACAGAGGAACGUUAUACCAGUACUGCAGUAUCAUUGGGUUCCGCUGUAGCCCAAAAAGUGAUAAUUUCCUUCUGGUGGAUGAGUCAAUGUUGAAAAACCGGUUCUGAAGUAUCAGAAACAGAUCAUCACAAUCACAGCUGAUUCAACAGUUUAGAUAUUUCCACGAAAAUAGUUAAGGUGAAAACAAGAAAGUACAGAUAGAUCAUAUCCAGGAGAAAUUCGAAUAUUGAUUUUUCAUUUUGGUGUCGACGCAACGAUGGCUAUAAUGAUGAAAGCAACUAAAUGUCCAACAGACGAAUUAUCUCUGAAGAAUAGAGCUAUCGUAAACAGUACGGAUUUCCCGGAGGAUAUCAAAUAUAUCGACGUUUCGACCGCACCUGGACAACAUUUUAUUUUCUCCGUAGAGCGAUGCUCGGACAUUCCAAAUUAUUGUAUCGGGUUUUCUCUGCUGCAGCGGAAGUGGGCAACUCUGUCAAUUAAUCAGGACAUAUCGGUUAAACCUUUCCUUUUUGACCGCUCAUCUGAAGUUUUGUGCAAUGUUACAAUCGAGGUCGAUUUUCUGCAAAAGAAAACGACGACUCUCGAGCCGUACGACAGUGAUCAAAUGGCGAAGGAUUUUAUUCUCCAAUUUUCUGGUCUGGCGUUGACCGUUGGCCAGCCACUAGUUUUUAGCUUCCAGGAUAAGAAACUGCUCGGUUUGUGCGUAAAAUCGUUGGAAUCGAUUGAUGCAAAUGCUUCCGUGCAAGGCGACAAAGCAAAAAUGGAGACGAAUAAGACCAAUUUUGGGCGUCUCCUGGGAAACACAACGGUCACGUUUGAAAAGGCAGAAAACUCAUCGCUCAAUCUGGUCGGUAAGGCGAAAGGUAAAAUUGUUCGCCAAUCGAUCAUCAAUCCGGACUGGGAUUUCGGUAAAAUGGGCAUCGGAGGUUUGGACAACGAAUUCAAUGCCAUUUUCCGGCGUGCUUUCGCAUCGCGUGUGUUUCCUCCGGAAAUCGUUGAACAGUUGGGAUGCAAACACGUCAAAGGUAUUCUGUUGUACGGUCCACCCGGUACCGGUAAAACACUGAUGGCUCGCCAGAUCGGCAACAUGUUGAACGCGCGUGAACCAAAGAUUGUUAAUGGUCCACAAAUUUUGGACAAAUAUGUGGGCGAAUCAGAAGCCAACAUUCGUCGGCUCUUUGCCGACGCAGAAGAAGAAGAGAAACGCCUCGGACCCAACAGUGGUUUACAUAUCAUCAUCUUCGAUGAAAUUGAUGCCAUUUGCAAGGCUCGAGGCAGUGUUGGUGGUAACAGCGGAGUGCACGAUACGGUCGUGAAUCAACUGUUGGCCAAAAUUGAUGGCGUAGAACAGUUGAACAACAUUCUGGUUAUCGGUAUGACUAACAGACGCGACAUGAUCGAUGAGGCAUUGCUGCGUCCGGGUCGAUUGGAGGUACAAAUGGAGAUUAGUCUUCCGGAUGAGAAUGGUCGUCAUCAAAUUUUAAAUAUUCAUACCAAACGUAUGCAUGACUUUAAGAAGAUUAGUCCAGAUGUGAAUAAUAAGGAAUUGGCAGCUCUCACCAAGAACUUCAGUGGGGCCGAGUUGGAAGGAUUGGUGCGUGCUGCUCAGUCAUCAGCAAUGAACCGUCUUGUGAAGGCGUCUUCGAAAGUGGAAGUUGAUCCAGAAGCAAUGGAGAAACUUAUGGUCAAUCGUGCUGAUUUCAUAUAUGCUCUCGAAAAUGACAUCAAACCGGCAUUUGGAACUGCGCAAGAAGCACUGGAGAACUAUUUAGCCCGUGGAAUCGUCAACUGGGGUGAACCGGUUGCUCAUAUUCUGGAAGAUGGCUCGUUGUAUACGCAACAGGCUCGCGAUUCCGAAGGAACUGGUUUGGUUUCGAUUCUGCUGGAGGGUCCUCCAAAUUCAGGCAAGACUGCACUCGCGGCCCAAUUGGCCGGAAUGUCUGACUUCCCGUUCGUGAAGGUUUGCUCGCCGGACGAAAUGGUCGGAUUUACAGAGAAUGCGAAAUGUUUACAGAUCAGAAAGUUCUUCGACGAUGCUUAUCGUUCAACGUUGAGCUGUAUCUUGGUGGACAAUAUCGAACGGCUACUGGAUUAUGGUCCAAUUGGACCCCGAUAUUCUAAUUUGACGCUACAGGCUCUGCUUGUGCUGUUGAAGAAGCAUCCUCCCCGUGGAAAGAAGUUACUUAUUCUGUGUACAACAAGCCGAAGACAAGUGCUCGAGGACAUGGAGAUGCUGUCCGCGUUCACAGCGGUUCUCCACGUACCUAACAUCUCAAGUUCAAAGCAAGUGAUAGCAGUUCUGGAGAAAUAUAAGGACGUCUUCACUAAAUCGGAUCUCUCCAUUAUCCACGAAAAAAUGAAGAGACACAAGGUGUUUGUGGGCAUCAAAAAGCUGCUCGAUCUGAUAGAUCUGUCAAGGCACAUCGAACCCCAAAAACGUGUGAUCAAGUUUUUGGCCAAACUUGAAGAAGAAGGAGCGCUGGAUUGUGGAACUACUAUUCACUAACUCUUGACAGGAGGGUAGCUAUGGACUCCUAGUAUUAUAUCUUUCAACGGCGUAUUUUAAGCAUAACAGACAAGGAAACACUCAGUCUACUUAUCGUCCCAUUUGAACAGAUUACCAAAUGGGUUGUACUCUCACACAGUCUCAAUAUAUAGACAAUUAUGCAACCAACCUGUACACAGUUGCUCUGCGAACAUUAUCAAUUAAAUUUGCCAGUGCUGGUCUACACAGGCAUAAUUAGGACACAUACUCACAGGUUUUCUUCUAAGCUCAAUCCUAAUAAAGUAACAUCAAAAUUUAGAGUGAAAUCGAAUCUUUCAAAUAAAAUGUUGCUAUGCACAGUUGUGUUGCAUUUUCGGGUUUUCUAGAUAGGACAAUGGCCGUUGCCAUUAUUCUAUUCUAUGCUUUACUAAGUUGGUUGCGUUGCGUGUAGAUAGAUCUCAGUGAUGUUUUAACACUUGGUACGGUCGCGAGCUGGGAAUGGUAAAUUCGAGUCGGAAAUAAACUGAAGUGAAGUGUUACAUCAGAAUUUAACUGUUUAUUGGUAAAAUUUGUUUUGUUAUUUAUUUAUUAAACUAUCGCAUAAAAAACGGAACCUUCGAAUGAUGGCGCAAACCUUAGUUACCCUUAAACGUUUGGAGCGAAUGGCCAGAUACUAAGUCUUCGUUAAAAUAGUGGGAACUAGAAAUAGAACAGAAAAACACUUCUAGCAUUUUGUCAGGGAUAUUAAGAUACAUAGGCACUCGAAAAGAUUCAAGUUGAGUAUACACAUUGUGAUUCAGAAUUGUGCUAUUUAGUAACUACAAACAAUGCUCUGUUUGAAUAAAACAUUCCUUCUUCCUCAAGCCGUAGUAAUAAACUUGAGGCCUAGGUCCAAAUCAAAUAUUUCUGAUAUGCGAAUAUCCAUUGAAAGACAAAAUAGACAAAUUGUUUUCCACAAUGCAAGCUUAUAUGUGUGUGAAAAGGUAGAUUAAGCUAUAUAAAUAUAGCGUCAAAAUGUUCUAAGAUUCGAUCAACAAUAAUCUUAUCAAUACAACCUGUUGUUGAAAUUAA